CCCAGAAGGCAGUGCAGGGCCGCGGGCCGCGGGCACGUCGGAUCCCAGUCCGGGCACCAAGCGGCGUGCAGCAUGAGCGCCCCCGCCUCGACCCCCAUCUUCGCGCCCGGCGAGAACUGCGGGCCCGCGUGGCAGGCGGCGCCUGCGGCCUACGAUGCGGCCGACGCGCACCUGCAGAUCCUGGGCAAGCCGGUGAUGGAGCGCUGGGAGGCGCCCUACAUGCACUCGCUGGCCGCCGCCGCCUCCUCCGCAGGGGGCCGCGUCCUGGAGGUGGGCUUCGGCAUGGCCAUCGCCGCCUCCAAGGUGCAGGAGGCGCCCAUCGAGGAGCACUGGAUCAUCGAGUGCAACGACGGAGUCUUCCAGCGGCUGCAGGACUGGGCCCGGCGGCAGCCCCACAAGGUGGUCCCCUUGAAGGGCCUGUGGGAGGAGGUGGCGCCCACCCUGCCGGACGGCCACUUUGACGGCAUCUUGUACGACACGUACCCACUGUCGGAAGAGACCUGGCACACGCACCAGUUCAACUUCAUCAAGAGCCACGCCUUCCGCCUGCUGAAGCCGGGGGGCGUCCUCACCUACUGCAACCUCACCUCCUGGGGCGAGCUGAUGAGGUCCCAGUACACGGACAUCACCACCAUGUUCGAGGAGACGCAGGUGCCCGCGCUGCUGGACGCCGGCUUCCGGCGGGAGAACAUCCGCACGGAGGUGAUGGCGCUGGUGCCGCCGGCCGAGUGCCGCUACUACGCCUUCCCGCAGAUGAUCACGCCCCUGGUCACCAAGCACUGAGCCGCCCGGCCCGCCCGGGCCUCCCACUGUGCCUCUCCCGCGCCACCACCUCGGGGCUUCUGAGGGCGAAAUAAACGCUGACCCGGCCUGGCCGGUCAGCGACGCGG